GUCGGGUGAUUGUAAUGGCCGGAGAAACACUCACAAGAGUAGUAAACAUAUCUAAAAGUGUUUUCUUUUAGUAUUUCUCUGUGGAAAGAUUUUAAACCUCCAAACAUUUAAUUACUUUCAGCGUGAAUCAAAUAACAUUCGAAUAUUUUUUCCGAGAUCUUGUGAGUUUAUCGAUAACCUGAAAAUAAGCAUCUACGAAGACUAUUCUUAUGGAUCGAGAUCGUCAAGACCGUGACAAAGAUAGGGAUAGGGACAGAGAUCGUGAUAGGAGACAUAGAUCUCGUAGUAGAGAUCGUAGAAAACGUUCUCGUUCACGUUCUAAAGAUCGAAGAGAUAGGAAAAGAAGUAGCUCACCUAAAAAGAGUCGUAGUUCUAGGAGAAGGAAGCCAUCUCUUUACUGGGAUGUUCCACCACCUGGGUUUGAACAUAUUACUCCAUUACAGUAUAAAGCUAUGCAAGCUGCUGGUCAAAUACCCGCAAAUAUUGUGGCAGAUACACCACAAGCAGCUGUACCAGUUGUUGGUAGUACAAUAACUCGUCAAGCAAGGAGACUUUAUGUAGGAAACAUUCCAUUUGGUGUGACCGAAGAAGAAAUGAUGGAGUUUUUUAAUCAACAAAUGCAUCUAUCUGGUCUUGCUCAGGCUGCUGGAAAUCCAGUAUUAGCGUGUCAGAUCAAUUUAGAUAAAAACUUUGCUUUCUUAGAGUUCCGUUCCAUAGAUGAAACAACACAAGCUAUGGCAUUUGAUGGUAUCAAUUUCAAAGGACAGAGCUUAAAAAUAAGAAGACCACAUGAUUAUCAGCCAAUGCCAGGAAUGACUGAUAAUCCAAGUAUGAACGUGCCAGGUACGGUUCCUGAUUCUCCACACAAGAUCUUCAUUGGUGGUUUACCCAAUUAUUUGAACGAAGAACAGGUGAAGGAGUUACUGAUGAGCUUUGGGCAACUAAGAGCAUUCAAUCUAGUUAAGGAUUCAGCUACAGGUCUAUCCAAGGGUUAUGCAUUCUGCGAGUAUGUUGAUGUGUCAAUGACUGACCAAGCAAUAGCUGGAUUAAAUGGAAUGCAGCUGGGAGACAAAAAACUGAUAGUGCAACGAGCUAGCGUAGGUGCCAAGAACCCUAUGAUUGGUGCACAAGCUCCAGUUCAAAUCCAGGUGCCUGGAUUAUCAAUGGUAGGCACAAGUGGACCAGCUACUGAGGUUCUGUGUUUGCUAAAUAUGGUAACUCCUGAAGAAUUAAUGGAAGAAGAAGAAUAUGAAGAUAUCUUAGAAGAUAUUAAAGAAGAAUGUAAUAAAUAUGGUGUGGUUCGAUCUGUGGAAAUACCUAGACCUAUAGAAGGUGUUGACGUACCUGGAUGUGGGAAAGUAUUUGUCGAAUUUAAUAGCGUGAUUGAUUGCCAGAAAGCACAGCAGACUCUUACAGGACGAAAAUUCAAUAAUCGCGUCGUUGUAACAUCAUAUUUUGACCCUGAUAAGUAUCAUCGCAGAGAAUUCUAAAUUAUAGAUUUUCUUUCUUUCAUACCAAUAAUAAUUGAUUCCAGUGUAUAAUAUAUAAUAAAAAAUUAAUAAUUCUCUUUUAUCAGAAUGUACAAAAUGAAAUGUAAUUGAUUUUCAAUCAUACUGUGCAUUAAAUGGUAAUUGUUGUA